ACACUGAGGGCCUGCCUAGUGAGCAACCGGCACCAUGUCUGUCACCAUAUGCCAGUCCAUGGGCUUCGUGGUAUCAGCCUUAGGAAUAGGAGGAAUCAUUGCAUCAACGUGCAUGGACCAGUGGAGCACCCAGGACCUGUCUAACAACCCGGUGACGGCGGUGUUCAAUUACCAGGGCCUAUGGCGCACGUGUGUCCGUGAGAGCUCUGGCUUCACUGAGUGCCGUGGCUACUUCACCAUCCUGGGGCUGCCAGCAAUGUUUCAGGCUGUGAGGGCCCUUAUGAUUGUGGGUAUCGUCUUGGGCAUCCUUGGCCUCUUUGUGUGCAUUUUUGCUAUGAAGUGCAUCCGAAUUGGCACCAUGGAGGAUUCUGCAAAAGCCAACAUGACUCUGACCUCUGGCAUCAUGUUUAUUAUUGCUGGUCUGUGUGCCAUCACUGGAGUGUCCGUGUUUGCCAACAUGCUGGUCACAAACUUCUGGAUGUCCACAACCAGCAUGUACCAGGGAAUGCAGAACGUCCAGAAUAGGUACACCUUUGGCUCAGCCCUCUUUGUUGGCUGGGUGGCAGGUGGCCUGGCCCUCGUAGGAGGCAUCAUGAUGUGCCUUGCUUGCAAAGGAAUGGUUCCAGAAGAAUCCCGUUACAAGGCGGUGUCCUACAACGCAUCAGGACGGAAUAUCUCCUACAGAACAGGACCGUAUAAGGCUGGUUCAGGGUACGAACCUGAAGUGAAGACCAGGAAGGGUCCAGGGUAUGAAGAAGCUCCUCGGAGUGAGGAUGUGGGACGCUCGUACCCUUCAAAGUACGACUAUGUCUAGUAGUCUUUCUAUUGAGAUGCGCUCUAUUUUAUGGAACAUUUUUCAUUUUAGACAAAAAAAGUAUAUGUGAAUAAGGCAGUCUGUAAAUAGGAUUUUGUUUUCUAUUGUUUUUCCCCUACUCGAAAGUGGUACCCUAACCAUGUUUCUUUUAUUCUGCUGCCUGCUGGCACACUCAUCAUGAGGAGGCCUGUAACAAAAGUAAUAUCUUUAUGUUCUCAGAAUACAAUUGGUUCCUCACGUUUUACAUAGAAACUCUGACAGUCAGGACCAGGAUUCUGCCUUGUGCCAUCUCCUAUUUCUUCUAAUAGGUUUAAAUUCUCAAUUAGUGAUGACCCUGAUAGAGUUUGUAGUCAAAACACAGUCACUUGGAUGUCUGUGACUGAAAAGUACGUCACAAUGUUGUAUACAAAAAAGCCUUAAGAAAUCAGGAAGCUAAAUCAAACACAUUAUGAAAAGCAGAAAUUAUAAUUUGGAAGUUUUAUGUAUUAUUUUGUUGUGUAUUGUAAGAAAACUCAGUUGUGUUCCUUUGGCUACAGCCAAGGCAUACAGAACAAGUAGUCAUGGCAUUUUCCUCCCUGGCAGAGUUUCUAGUCAGACACACCUUUAUUUUGCUGGUCGUACUACGGUGCUGAUCUGCUGUGAUAUUUAAUCUGAUUUAUGUUACUUAGACAUUUGCUAUUACCCAUGAUACCAAAGUGUAUUUAUUUCUUCUGAUCUCAUUGGGGAAUAUAUAUAAUCCAUUGUUAUUCCUAUGCUAGAUAUUUGAUACAAUAGCUGAAAACCUCUGUGUGUGACCAGAGUUCCUGCAGAUGUCAUCAUUAAUGAAACCAGAAGAAUUUCUCAUUUAGAAUUAAUUAGAGUUACAAUUGAGCAGGAAUCCCGGGGAGCAUUAGAUAUGAAACUCCACACUAACAUCGGGACUUUCUUGUGUUAGUUUGUCUCCAAAUGAUGACAAGAUUAAGUCCUUAGUGAGACACUGCCUCUUCUAGACAGCCUGCAAGAGAGGAUGUUUAUUUGAAGGGGUCAGAAGAAGAGACACCAGAGCUCUAGGAAAACACCUUGGAGCAAAGGGCACUGAGAGAUAAGUUAGGGAAAAACAGGUGUCUGAAACCUCAAAAGUAGCCUUUUUGAUAGAUGCGUUCUUGUCACAUUUGUAACAAUUGUAAGUUGCUAGGAAUUUGCUGACAGGUUUGUUUUAGCCAAACGCUGAUAUUCCUUUGGAUUGUUUCACAUUCUGGAGGCAUCACAGGUGGGGCUGAUCAUUCCCCCAGAGUUUGACCCCUGGUAGGUCUCCCUCUCCAGCUAGCAUCUCCUGUGGCUUGUUGAACAGCUGAGAAGGGCUGUUCUGCUCAACACCCAGUACUCCCAGUGGGCACAGACCAUCUUCACCAGCUCUCCAUCACCAUUAUAUCUCCAUCAGUUCGUGGAGACAUCUCCAGCACAGGUCCAGGCGAAGGGGAGAGGCUGAAUCUCAGGCAGCUUAGCAAGAGGUGGAGGGGGUGACAUGGGCAGCACCAGGGCUGGUAGUCACAGGAGAUGACCAAUGUGCAGAGAGAUGGGAAGAUCUUCUAUCCAACAAGGAGGUCCUGGCCACAACAGAACCCCAGCAGGACUCUGGUCCUUGCUGCUACCCAGGUAAAUAACUGCCUCUGCUGGUGUCAAUGUUGGCUUCCAUUCAAACCAGUAGUGCACUUGUUUUAUGGAUUUGUUCUGAAAGGAGACCGAUUCAGUUGUGCAGAGGUAAAUCCUGCUCUCUUUAAAAAUACUUACUCUUUUCAGUGUUU